CAAAGCUCCAGGGACGGAGUGUCCUGAGAGAUGGGGAUUUUGUGAGCUCUUCAGGUUGGAGCUAGGCUUUGGUGCUCGAGAGCUGUGGAGUAGUCAGAGCUCCUUUACAAUGUGUGAGGAGAUGAAGGCCACUGUGCAGAAAGGUGUGCAGAGCCCUCGGCACAGCAAGGAGGCCCUGAACAGACUUAACCAAGCCAUCCAGCAGCUGAAGACGGAGGUGGGCGGUGCUCAGAGCCAGCCCUGUGAACUAGAGAAAGCCAAAGCCGUGGAGGCCCUGCAGGAUGUGGCCUCAAGCAGCACUAAGGGCAAGCUGGCCUGGCUGGAGGCGGCCCUGCAUCGGGCCAAGCAGGACAUGGCACGGCAGCUCCGUGAGUACCAGGAGCUCAUGAUCGUCAAGUUGGGCCUGGACUUCGAGAUCGCCACCUACCGCAGGCUGCUGGAGGGCGAGGAGCAGAGGCUUGGUCUGGGACCCCGGGCAGGGAGAGAGGCUCCAGGCAGCGAUGUCACUGGAGGUCCUGGCCUGACCUCGGUCUCCGCCCCACUUCGGGCACCCGGACUCUGUUCCCGUGACCUGGACAUGAGCGCCCCUGGCGGUGUUUGCGCGCUCUGCAGCUCCGCGGGCUGUGUCGGGGGCUUUGGCUGCCUUGCCCUUCGGUAAUGCUGAACCCUUUCCUCCCGGCUUCCCUCCGGAGAAGACUAGGAAGUCGUGCUUCUGUCCAAAGACCUCUUGUCUCAGAUUCCCUCGCCUACAGAGCGGGCCCUCACCCACCGUCUCUUUUGCACCUCACCUGGAACUAGACAGGAUGCCUGUGGCUCACCUGACUGAACCUUGUGCCCUGCCCCUCUGACUUGCCCCAUCCGUUGUUUCUAGGCUUCCCCCUUUAAUAAAACUUUCCGCGGUGGCUAACCA